GAGGACAGAGUCAGGGAAAGAAACAGGAAGAAGACGACGUAGUCGGCAACACAAUGACUUCGACUAGGAGACUAGGCAAGGAGCUCGAGGACAUCCGCAAAUCUGAAACGAAGUAUUUCCGCAACAUUCAAGUGGACGAGUCAAACCUUUUAAACUGGCAAGGCCUCAUCGUUCCUGACGCUGCUCCAUAUGACAAAGGAGCGUUUCGGAUCGAGAUCGUCUUCCCUGCAGAGUACCCCUUCAAGCCCCCAAAGAUCACCUUCAAGACAAAGAUCUACCAUCCCAACAUCGACGAGAAGGGCCAGGUGUGCCUGCCCAUCAUCAGUGUGGAGAACUGGAAGCCAGCCACUAGAACUUCCCAAGUGAUUCAGUGUCUCAUUGCUCUGGUAAGUUCUCCUCAGCCAGACCACCCGCUGAGGGCGGACCUGGCAGAGGAAUACACCAAAGACCGACUAAAAUUUAUGAAGAACGCCGAGGAGUUCACUAAGAAACACAGUGAAAAGCGUCCCAUAGACUGACGACACAUGUUUGACAUGCCCUGUCAGCCUCCUGUCUGUUUCCUGGUUAUAAAGGCCCCGUUCUUAUCCCCGAUUCACAGAAAGGCCCUGUUCUUGUGUACAUGCAAUGUUUAGUACUCUUCAAUCAAUGUUUAACAGAGGUUUGUGUUUCUGUUUCACUUUGCCAAAAGAAAACAACAAUCAGGACUUGUUGGGAGUGUUCAGGUUUGGCCUCUAGGUGUCACCUUUUGGUUGUUUUUCCACUUCUUUCUACUGAUUUCUUUUUAGGAAAAAUAAGAAAAUUAUCAGAGGUGGCAUUCUGGACAAUAAAAGUGCUUUCAGAUGAACUAAAUGUUGAAUGUUCUCUCGGUUUAAUCAUUAGCUGAUGCUGUUCUGUUUACAGGUUUUUAUAGUUGCAGGUAAGAGCAUCUAAUGCUGUUUAUCUUUUCACAUUUUCUUUUGAAGCACCAAAUUCUGUGAAAUGGUUUCAAUACACUUUGUUACUGAUAAACCCACAUGUAAACAGAAGUGAUUGAAAAUACAAUGUUCAAUUUAAAUCAUUAGUUUGUGGUUUUAAGAAAAGAUUUGUUCUAAAUAAUAAAAAAACGUUCCACCUCAGUCGGCCUCACAGUGGAAACUGUCAG